CACACUCUCUCUCUCUCUCUCUAAAAGGACACACAGCCUCUUGACUUAACCCAACACAAAUCAAAACCCAAGUAAACUUCCAUUUCCUGCCUACUGAAACAUACCAAAUUCCCAUUUCUUUUCAUUUUCAUUUCCAAAGCAAGAGAAAAAAAAAGCAAAUAUGAGUUCAACAAGCAAAGCUUGGAUUGCGGCAGCAAGUAUUGGAGUCGUAGAAGCUUUGAAAGAUCAAGGCGUUUGUAGAUGGAAUUCUGUUUUGAGAUCAAUAAAUCAACAUGCAAAGGCCAAUAUCAGAUCUUAUUCACAAGCCAAGAAAAUCCCAAGUGCUCAGUAUUCUUCUGCGGUGGCUAAGAAGUUGAAAGAUGAGAAAUUGAAGCAAUCUGAGGAGUCUCUUAGAACCGUCAUGUACUUGAGUUGUUGGGGUCCCAAUAAUUAAAUCCCCUGUUUUAUUUAUACUUUUUUUGUAAUAUAUUUUUCAAUAUUUUAGUAAAAUAUAUUGUUUUGAUCAUA